AGCUAUUUCAAAACGAAUAGUAGAGUACCGAUAUACCGUAGAACACACAAUUCGAGUUGAAAACAAGUAUCGAACGUGGAAAUCCCUAAAUAUUGGUUGUGUUCGGGCUAGCACCGCUCAACCAUUAUCACAUGGUGUGAUCCAUCAAGUGUCGCUAGUACGGAGAGUAGUGUAAAGAAACUAGUUAACUUUUAAAACGUUGUGACAUUUUAAAGAUGAAUAUAUUCAGAGUUAUUGGCGAUUUUCUGCACAUUUGCGCGAUCAUAUUUUUGCCUAUCAGUAUUUUAAAAAACAAAUCAUAUGCCGGAGUUUCUCAAAGAACCCAAUUACUACUAUGCAUGGUUUUUAUCACCAGAUAUUUGGACAUUUUUGACUAUUUUGUAUCAUACUACAAUUCGUUUAUGAAGUGUUUUUUCAUCGGUAUUACCUUGAUUACUUUUCUGAUGGGAUACUGGUAUAAGGACGUCGAUCAACACGAUAAUUUCAACAGCGAAUUAUUAUUGUUCUUCGCCAUGGUGGGGGCAGUCAAAAACUACGCUAAUAAUGAGACAGUAGAGUUAUUCUGGUCCUUCAGUGAACUCCUUGAAGCUCUAGCUAUCAUUCCCCAAGUGCAUGUGAUUUUGAAAACGAAGCAAAUCACUAAGCCCAUGGUAUUUUAUAUGACAUGCACAGCCUUCUACAAACUUUUCUACUGCUUCAAUUGGAUUAAGAGAUAUCAGGAUGUCACGGAUAGCAUAGAUAGUAUGGCGGAUAUCGCAGGAAUGGGAUUCCUAUGUGUUUAUGGGCUUGCAUUGUGGCUGAUGGUUUGCGCGGGUGUCAAAACAUUUAACGAAACAGAUGGAAUGUUAAAGAAAAAUAUAUUUUCUAGGAUUAUGGUGCCAACCACGAUUUUCUCAAUCAGUUCGCAAGUCAACCAUGUUACUGAUCGUAACAUGGGAUCAGAUGGAGCUCCUUUAGUCAAGGAAAUAGAGCUGUCUCAAAAAGAAAAAGAACUAUUUCAAACUAUAUAAAUAAGCAUUUUAGAAGAUAAUUAUGAUUUAAUAACAUUUUCUGUUACGUAUAUUUCUUGCUUUUGUGUUAAAUACACUUUAAUUAGGUGUAUUUGAUAUAAUAUAUAUUUUUUAUUUUACUAUAAAUAUAACGAACAAACCUUUUGAUUCAGAUCGUUAAACAAAUUACUUAUGUUAAAUACAUUUUAAUAGGGUUUAUUUAAUAAAAUAAAUAUUUUUCAUUUAAAUACAAAUAAAAAAGAACAAACAUUGGGAUACAAAAUGAUAAAAAAAAAUAAUAUAGGCAAUCAAAUAAGUAUUUAAUUUGUGUAAUUAAUUGGGAUAGCAAGAAAGUUUAUUUUUCAUCAAUAUUCGUCAAUUUUAUGUGAUUAACGUAAUUUUUUUAUGUUUUUACUGUUAUAUUGGCAGUGAAAAUGUCUAGGUAUAUCUACAUUGUUAAUUCAAUAAUUUAUUUUAAUAGUAAAAUUAUAAAUUGAUAAAUCGUAAUAUAUCUGCGUUACUAUCGCUUUUGUUUCACUCACCUCUGAGAUCGAUGUCGAAAGAGAUACCUUUAUUAUUUGAAAGGUUUGAAAACUCUAGAAGGUUCUCAUUAUUGAUUUAAAUUCUGGAGGUAGUCUCUUUGUAUGAUGACUCUUGGUCAUAUAUCUGUGGAUAUGACUUUGAAUUUAUUUUCGAUUCGUAGGAAUUUAUGAGUUAUCGACAAGUUGUGAAUUUGUUCAAAGUCAGUUUAUCUUAGUUACGGCUAGGACCAGUGGCGGCUCGUGAUAAUUUAAAUUGGGUGUUCGUUUUUUCCAAUAACUUUAUCAUUUGUAAGUUAGGUUAAAAUUUUAGGGCCAAUAUCGUUUUUUUUUAUUUGGGUAAUAAGUGUAGUUGUUAUUAUCAAUAUCAAACUGUUUUCAAGCACUACAACUUUUAAUGAAUGAAUAAAUAUUUUAGUUAUUGUAA